AUGGGUGUGAUACGCAAGAAGACCGCCUCGCGCGGCACCGAGGCUGGAACAAAGUUCCACUGCGACGUGUGUUCGAUCGAUGUCACAUCAACUGUUCGCAUAUCAUGUGCACACCCCAGCUGCCCCGAAUACGAUCUUUGUGUCCCCUGUUUCUCAGCCGGAAAUAACUCGAAAGGCCACGACCCAGCAACACAUCCAUUCUCAGUGAUUGAGCAAAACUCCGUUCCCAUCUUCCAGGGGGAUUGGGGUGCCGAUGAAGAGCUCCUGUUGCUGGAAGGCGCCGAGAUAUACGGACUGGGUUCAUGGGCAGAUAUUGCGGACCAUAUCGGCGGCUACCGCGAUAAGGAUGAGGUGCGCGAUCACUAUUACGAUACCUACUUGAAGAGCGAGCACUUCCCGCUGGCAGACCGCGCAGACCCACAUGAUAGGAGUCUCCAAGACUCGAUCUCCAAGGAGGAGUUCCAAACGCGGAAGAAGCGGCGGAUUGAAGAUCGCAAGGACGCGGCUAAGGCAGCACCUCCAACAACACCGAAACAGAAGCCAACUGCCAGUGUGCCGGCAUGUCACGAAGUGCAGGGCUACAUGCCCGGUCGAUUGGAGUUUGAGACCGAAUUCCUGAAUGACGCCGAAGAAGCGGUCCAGCAUAUGACAUUUGAGCCCGGUGCUGGGCUGAAUGAGAAUGGCGAACCGGAUGCGGAGACAGAGUUGAAGAUGACCGUGGUCGAUAUCUACAACUCCCGCCUCACGGCGCGCACGGAGCGCAAGAAGAUCCUGUUCGAACACAACCUCCUCGAAUACCGAAAGAACACCGCCCUGGAUAAGAAGCGAUCCAAAGAAGAGCGAGAUCUGCUGAACAAAGCGAAGCCUUUGGCGCGCAUGAUGAACCGCAAGGACUUCGAAGAUCUGAACAAGGGUCUGGAAUACGAGCAUAACCUCCGUCUUGCCAUUUCCCAGCUCCAAGAAUGGCGCUCUAUGGGCAUUGGGGACUUGAAGGCUGGUGAAAAGUUCGAGCAGGACAAACAGCAGCGUGUGCAGCGAUUGAUCCCUCAAGGCUCCUUUGAUCGUUUCGCCAGCAAUCGCCCCAAGCAAACCCAACUGACAGAAACGCCAGCAGCGGCAAUACAGCUGACCACACCCGAACUCCCGCUGCGGUUACAAAAAGCCGCAAACCCACACGCGCCGGCAGAUGCUGUUGAGGAAUCAUUGAACGAUUUUGAUCGCGCCUUUGCUACCGAGGGCGAUGCGCCUCCCCCGCAACCCGCGAAGACUAAAUAUGUGGUCCCACCGCUGAGUGGGAUGCCGCCUUGGAAACUGAAUAAUGACACUGCCGCCGACCUCCAUCUCCUCACCAAGGAAGAGACGGAGGUCUGCAAUGUGCUCCGGAUUAUGCCGAAGCCGUACAUGGUUGUCAAGGAGACACUUUUGAAAGAAGCAAUGAAGCAGGGCGGCAGCUUGAAAAAGAAGGAUGCCCGGACAAUUUGCAAGAUCGAGGGGACCAAAACGGGUCGCAUCUACGAUUUCAUGGUCCACAGUGGCUGGAUCAACAAGGCGUAG